AUGGCAGCGUGCGAGGAGCUCAGCUUUAACGUGGAUCACGGCUACCUGGAGGGUUUGGUUCGAGGAAUGAAAGCUGGGAUUCUGUCUCAGACUGAUUAUCAUAAUCUGGCCCAGUGUGACACACUAGAGGAUAUGAAGCUACACCUUCAGAGCACAGACUACGGUAAACUGCUGUCCUCUUCUGAGGGUGAUUUGACUGUGUCGCUGCUGGACAGCAAGCUGAGGGAAAAUCUGGUGACUGAAUUCAGCUGCCUGCGCUCUAACGCCCUGCCACCCCUGUCUACCUUCCUUGACUAUAUAAGUUACAGCUACAUGAUCGACAAUGUGGUGAUGCUGAUCACGGGGGCCCUGAAGAACAAAGAUGUGUCAGAGCUGCUCCCACGGUGUCACCCACUGGGAGCGUUUGACCAAAUGGCAGCCGUGGGCAUUGCCCGCACUCCAGCUGAACUGUACUCAGCCAUCCUGGUGGACACACCACUAGGUCAGUUUUUCCAGGAUGCUGUAUCUGAGUGCAGCCUGGAUGAGAUGGAGGCUGAGAUCCUGAGAAACAAACUGUAUAAGGCAUAUUUGCAGUCUUUCCACUCUUUCUGCAAGAGCAUGGGCGGUGCCACAAAGGACAUAAUGUGCCCUGUCCUGGAGUUUGAGGCGGACCGGCGGGCCUUCAUCAUCACGGUGAACUCCUUUGGGACGGAUCUCAGCAGUGCAGACAGGAGUGCGCUGUAUCCAUCCUGUGGCAAACUUUACCCUGGAGGACUGAAACUCCUGGCCCAGGCGGAAGACCACGAGCAGGUCAAGGCUGUGGCUGAGUGCUACCCAGACUAUAAAAUGGUUUUUGAUGACCCUGAGCCUGGAUCAGAUUUUAAGACUCUUGAGGACCGAUUCUUCGAACAAGAGGUGAAGCUGAACAUACUUGCUUUCCUGCAGCAGUUCCACUUUGGAGUAUUUUACUCUUACAUCAAACUUAAGGAGCAGGAGUGUCGGAACAUUGUGUGGAUUGCCGAAUGUGUCACACAAAGACAGAAGUCAAAGAUACACAACUACAUACCCAUCUUCCAAAAGACCAGUUAA